AGACUGUAAAUGGAAUAGGAGGUACAUCAAUGACUUUCUCUCUGAAAUCUAAAGUCACCCAUAUUGACCCUGCUGGUAUAUUAAAAUGCAAAUCCCCAUGUUAUGAACUGAAGAAAGUUAGUCUGAAUGUUACUAGCCCCUUUGAAACUGAUGGAAUAUUCAGGGUUAUUUUAGUGGAAUCUACCACUUACUUAACAGUGCCUGAAGAAUUGCAUCAAGCCAUCCAAGUAAAGCAAGCUAAAACACACAGUUCUGAAAGUAACAUACUGACUCGUACAAGUGAUGUAGUAAGUGAAGAUGUAUUGUGUCACAAAGAGAACAACUUAAAUGGCUUUAAUCAAGUCCAUCACUUGCAAGAGUUCUUCAGUCCAGUAUGCACGCUACUCUUGGAAGGGAGAGGUUCUGCAUAUCUGGAUCUUCACUUUCUUCCUUUUAAUCUGGAAAAGCGUUAUUGCACCAUCAUUCUGGCCAAUGAGCUGAUUGGAGAAUUUGUUUACCUGGUAGAGGGAACAUGUGGCAUACCUUUGCCUUCAGGCUUGCUUCCAAUGGAUAGUCCAAAUGUUCUGCCCAUUAGCAGCACAUUAAAAGGUCAGGGUAUAGUACAGCCAGUUCUGUGCUUUAAAUGUGGUCUCACUGAUGUACUUGAAGAAAAGCUGAAAAUCCCGUUGGUUAAUGAAGCUCGGGAGAAGGCUCUGGCCAUUGCAGCACAGCAGCAGAUGUCAGCUCUCGAACAUAAGCGAAGAAAGGUCACAGGAACACUGGAGAGCAGCAGUGUUCGAGUUGCAGUUGCAGCCUUAGGGCUGUCUGGAAUUGAGAGAGAAGUGCUGUGUUGGCCUACUAAAUACCCCCCAAAGUUAAAAUCCGUGGACUACAGUGUACAAGUGAGCAUGCCAGAAUAUUUUGAAAUCCCUGAAAAGCUCUCCAUUCCUGUGUUAUCAACAAGCAGAGUUAAUUCUAGAGCCUUUUCAAAGGAAGGCCAUCAAGCUGCGAAAGUAACAGAUAUAGAUACGGCAGUUGAACUUCCUAUAAAGUUUAUUCCACAAUAUCCUGGUCGCUAUCCCUGCCAGAUUCUGCUGCAGUCUUCCUAUGAUAUUCGGGUCUAUCUGAUUGAGUGUGUGGUGAAUACGGACAGUGCAGAAGCUGAGCUUGAGUUUGUAACACCAGCCUAUCAGGCAGUGAUUCAGGACAUACCAAUAAAUAAUAUGUCUAAUCAGGACUGGAAACUUCAAGCCUUCCUAAAGGGACAUUAUUUUUAUGGCCCUCCUCUUAUAUAUGUGUGCCCAGGUGAAACAACACAGUAUCCUCUCAUGUUUAAGCCCAUUGCUGAGUGUGUAACUGUGGGCAAACUUAUUCUACAAAAUGAAACAGAUGGCACUGCGCACAUCUUUGGCCUUAAGGGAAUAGGGAAGAAACCUCUUGCACUGGAUCAUAUCAUGAUAGACUGUCAAGUGAGACAAAUUACUCAGAAGGUCUUAAUGGUGCCUAAUUUUACGACGAACAAGUUGACAUACAAGGUGACUUCAGAUCUUUCAAUGGUGGCUGGUGCUCCAAACCUUACUGUAGAAGCUGAUGACACAGCUGCUUACACUCUGAAUGUAUCUGCAUGGAAACGAGGAGUAUUUAAAGGUGUAAUUUCAUUUAUUGCUGAAGUUGAAGAACAGCAGCAGUCUCAACAUAACAGCUCACUGGAGGAGACAGAUGGUGAACAGGCCCUUCAGAAAUUGACAACAGAGACAUCACAAACAGUUGAUGUAGAAAACACUGGUAGAAAUUUUUCAUGUUGCAAAAUAUGGUUUUCCUUGGAGAUUAAUAGUGUCCCUUGUGCACCUGAAAGAACCCUACAUGUGAACUGUGCAGCUCUGGAUAUCACUGGCAUUGAAAUUCCUAUCACUAAUCCUACACACGAAACUCUACAGUUAGAUGUCGUGUUAAUGGGUGCUGCACUUAGUGGUGAAACAACUCUUGUUCUUCAGCCAGAAGAAACUCUUUCCUAUGAAGUUCAUUAUUCCCCAGCUAGUACUGGCACUUCAGAAGGCAGUGUCAUAUUCCUGUCGGAGAUGGUUGGAGAGUUUUGGUAUUCCCUGAAGCUGACUUCAGAGAAACCAUUGCCAACUACAUUGCCUGAAAUAGAAUGUGAGCUUGGAAAAUGGGUCCGUAUGCAUAUCCCUCUGCUUAAUCCUACAUAUGAAACCCUAGAACUGGAAAUUGUCAACAGCAAUCCUGAACAUUUUUCUGUAGAGACGGAUCCAAGGAAACCUCUGAUGGUGGCGCCUCAUUCCACUACUGAAGUACCUGUCCAGUUCUGUCCUUCUGCACUGGGAAGAAACAGUCACAUGGCAUCUAUCACCUUCACAUGCCCACAGCUUUGCUCAGCUUUCAGUAUAUCGACAAUCUUAGAUAGAAUUAAUGCUGUUGGUUGA